AUGAAAAAGUGUUCUGGAUUGGAAUAUGAGAUGUGGGAAAAGGUGAAAAAUGGGUUAAGUAAAUUAGGUGUGAAUAAAUUAUGGUAUGAUCACCCAGUAUGUUCUGGAAUUUUAAACUAUAAAUCCAAACCUAUUUCUAUGUUAUUACUGGAAUAUCAUGAUAUGUUUCAGAAAGAGGUUAAAAAAUUUGUGAUAGAAAAAGAUCAAAAAUAUACAAUCUUUAGAGUGGAUAGAUUCAUCAAAAAAGUUAGAAGCAAUUAUGGUACAAAUUUUCAAAGCAUCAUUUAUGGAUAUCAACCAAGUAUAGAGUAUGCUUAUAAUACAAUGUCAAUAAAUGAGACUUCAUAUAUGUGUGAAGUGUUAACACAGUUAUUUGAUAUAACUAUAAGUGAGAUAUUUAUAAAAUACAAAGCUUGGAGUGCAUG